AUGAAACAGAAAAGCAACAGCGAGCGAGUCAGGGUUACUAGAGCAUGUGACCGAUGCAAGAGGAGGAAAAUCAAAUGUAACAACAGCCAGCCAUGCCAGUUUUGCAUCCGCGCAAAGGCCCGCUGCACCUUUGACUCUGCCUACACCCGAGGUAGGAAGUUCCUUAUCCCGUCCGCAUACCAUGAGAACGGAUCCCCCGUCUCCCAGAGGGGAUAUUAUCCGACUCUCCUGCCGACCACAGCAACAUCCCAGCCGGGGACGGCUGCGCACCAGCUUCAAGUCCAGCUGUCAGACAACGGCCAGAUGCAGGUGCAAGGCUCCAGCUCAACCUCGUCGCGCAAUUCACCCGAGCCACCUUCAACUGACCGGCAAGGCCACUACAUCGGGCCCGCGAGCGGCGUGUCCUUCCUCCUCCGUGUGCAAAAACGUCUCCACGAUGCCAUCAGCUUCACCGAACCGAGCGGGAGCAUAUUCACCUUUGGUGACGCCCCACUGAGCCUCCCUGACUUUGACCCGUCCUUCUGCAUGAUGCUGCCAAGAGACGAGGCGCAGAAGCUGAUAGACCGGUACUUUGAUUUCGUAAUGCCGACGUACCGGUUCCUGCAUCGGCCGACGGUACAAGCAUGGUUUGGAGAGUUCUACGAUACCCUCGGGGUCAUGAAUGACAGAGACAGGAAUGGGGCGAAUGCAAAGAUUGCGCUCUUAUUCAUGGUCUUUGCUUUGGCGAGGGUCUAUAUGCCUGAUAACGAAAGGCCCGGGCCGGCAGACUUGAGUGCCCGCUACUAUCUAGCCGCCGAGCACCAGCUAAGCCAGGAAAAGGGCUCGAUCAGACUCACAAGCGUGCAAGCACGGCUGACGCAAUGCUACUACCUCCUCUCCCAGUCGCGCAUAAAUCACUGCUGGAGUUUGUUCGGGACAGUCUCACAUCUCGCGCUCGCUAUCGGGUUGAAUCGAGAGAGGAAGGCCGAUCCCUCUAUAAAUGGGGGCGGGAUGAGUGUUAUCGAGGCCGAGUGCCGCCGCCGCACAUUCUGGUGCGCGUACACCCUCGAUGCAUACCUCAGUGCUGCAUUGGGAAGACCUCGCUCGUUCCACGACGAGGAUAUCGAUACCGAGUUUCCGGCAUGUCUUGAAGACCACCAGCUCCAUCUCCCCCAGCCGCAGGAACAGCCUCAGCGCGGAAAUACGAGCCCAGCAUUAUCGACAAUGCUAGCGCCCCUAGCACACAUGAAGAUCGCCCGCAUUAUAAGCCGCAUUCUACGGGAACUGUACUCCAUCAGACCGGUCUCGGACAGUAAGCGUCUGUCCUUCGUACAAUCGAUCAGCAAGGAGCUUAGCGUCUGGCGGUCCGAGCUGGCAUGGUUUCUCGAUGCAGAUGUGCUGAGUGCAUCGUUACUCAUGCCGAUCUUUCAGCGACAGCGGAACGUGCUUAACCUUACGUAUUGGCAUUCGACCAUCCUCACGCAUCGGCCAUCUAUGCUAGGAAAUCUUACACGCGUCCAAGAUGGUCGGUCUCGUUCGAGCAAGGGAGGCGCUGGCGGGAACGGUUCACAAGCCCAAGUCAGUGUGGGAUCUAGCACCUGCAUCGCGGUAGCGGCCCAGGCACAAGAAAGUAUCAAGCAGUGCCUAAAUGCUGCUAUGAGAAUCGUUGAUAUCAUAGAUGAGAUCACCCAGAAUCGCCAGCUGUUAGGGGCGCUCUGGAUAACGUCCUACUUCGCUUUCAACGCCACGAUAGUGCUCUAUAUCCACGUCAUCCAGAGCCGUGCCCUUCCGUUCCACAUGUACAGCACGUACCUCUCAGCCGCAACAAGAUGUCAAUCCCACCUUUCGGACAUUGCCGAGAAGGGCUCGCUUUCCGAGCGGUAUUGUCUUGUCCUUGAGGAACUACGUGUGGAGGCGAUGCGGCAGGCCAGUCAGCCCAGGCACACAGCUGGUGAUGGAUCUUUCGCACCAGCGAACAGGGAGAAUAUUAGGAACGGAUAUAGCAAUGCCCGCACGCAUUUUCCCGCGUCACCGGAGACGACCUUUUACUCUACAGCUCUUAGUCAAGCCCAGGCGGGGAUCCCGUGCGAUGCCCAAACCAGUCCGCAUACGACCGCAACGAGUUAUAGCGGCUCACUCGAAGGGAGCGCCGUUGGGUUUGCCCCGGACACGAACGGCAACGAAAUACAGGGGCUAAGCCUCAGUCGCUCGUCGUCCGAUUGUCCUGGUUGGGGGCAAUUCACGUCAAUAAUUUCGUCGGGGCUGGGGAAUAUGGAUCUGUUUUGGGGGGACGAAGGGUUGAGACUGUAA